AUGUCUGACGAUACAGUGGUGGUUGCUGCGGCCCCUGGCCCAGCUCUUGAGGCGAAUGGCUUGCAUUCUCCUCCUGAUAGCAACAUGAAAGAUGCCAGCGACAGUGAACUUUCAGAUCUGGACGAGGAACAAGCAGAACAGCCAGCUCCCGCGAGCGAUGAUAUAGGCGAAAUUGAACCCUCUUAUUACUCCGAUGACGGUGUACCAGUGUUUACCCCGACCAUGUACCAAUUCAAGGACUUUACUCGAUUCUCCUUGAUAGGCAAAUAUGCUAAGUUGAACCAGAUGAAAAAAAUCACCAAAUAUGGAAUGCGAUCCGGUAUUGUCAAAGUUAUCCCUCCUCCCGAAUGGAAAGCGGCCCAGCCCCGCCUCGACGAGGUUGUGAAGACAAUGAGGAUCAAGGAGCCAAUCAAGCAGGAUAUCAUGGGCACAAGUGGUACAUACCGACAGGCGAAUAUUGUACAUCAACGGUCAUACACCCUUCCUCAAUGGCGUCAAUUGUGCGACCAGAGCGAUCAUCAGCCUCCAGCGAAGAGAGGAGAACGACGCGCAAACCAAGACAAGUACAUGAAACCCGCCCCGAAGACCAGGAACACUACAGCCCCAUCAAGUUCGGCAUCGAAGGGACGGGGUCGAGGUCGCCCGCCAAAGGGCAAAGCUUCCCGCAACAGUACCGUGGAGAAGGAAGAAGAGGGACAGGCUACACCAGAUCGACUUCCAACACCAGUGUCCCCAUUGAUGAAGCCCGAGGAAGAUAAUGAGACUGUCAAGCUUGAUCAAGAGGAUGCGGACGAAUCUGCAUCCAAGCCUAAAUUCGGUUCGAGACAAGCAAAAGCCAUUUCGGUUUCAUCCCGCCGCAAGAACAAUCGCAGAGAGGUUGCUGGUAAGAUUGAUGAAGCAGCAUUCGUCGAUUUCAAUUACGAGUUGGACGAAGAAUACCCACCAGAACGUUGCGAAGAUCUCGAACGAUCUUACUGGAAGACUCUUACCUACGCUCCACCGCUUUAUGGUGCAGAUAUGCCUGGUACGCUCUUCACAGAUGAGACAACUUCUUGGAAUCUGGGCAAAUUGGACAACCUUCUCGAUGUCAUGGGAUCAAAGAUUCCCGGUGUCAAUACUGCUUAUUUGUACCUGGGUAUGUGGAAGGCAACUUUUGCCUGGCAUCUUGAAGACGUUGAUCUUUACAGCAUCAACUAUAUCCACUUUGGUGCGCCCAAACAGUGGUACAGUAUUGCCCAAGGAGAUGCUAGGCGAUUUGAGGCUGCAAUGAAGACUAUCUGGCCUACUGAUGCUAAGGCUUGCGAUCAAUUCCUUCGUCACAAGACAUUCUUGAUCUCGCCAGCGCACCUUCUAUCAAACUUCAACAUCAAGGUCAACAAAAUUGUUGCCCACCCCGGCGAGUUCGUCAUCACCUUCCCGUAUGGAUAUCACUCGGGGUACAAUCUUGGAUAUAAUUGUGCCGAAGCUGUCAAUUUCGGUCUCGAGGAAUGGCUUGAGUAUGGUCGCGUUGCAAAGAAAUGUGAUUGUGACCAAGCUCAGGACAGUGUUUGGAUCAACGUUCAUGAGCUGGAACGUAAAAUGAGAGGUGAAGAGACCGAGUACGAAGAGACAGAUGAAGAGGACGAGGAAGAAGAGGAUGACGGUUUUCCUACACCUCCUGGUAGUAAUGGCGAUUCGAAACCCAAGAUUAUCCAGAAGAAACGCAAACGCUCUGCCAAUGAUAAGAGUGGCAAUGACAAAAUCAAGAGAGUUCGCAUUCGCAUUAAGGCGCCAUCGAAAGAGCCCUGUAUACUUUGUCCCAACGACAUACCAUCGGAGGAUCUUCUUCCUACAGAGGAGAUUGGUAGCAAAGCUCACAGGAUUUGCGCUAUGUAUAUCCCAGAGACCAGUGUUGACGAAGACAACACGAAAGAAUUCGUUACCGACGUCAAGUAUAUUGAUAAGGCCCGGCUUGAGCUCAAAUGCAAUUACUGUCGUUCCAAGAAGGGUGCCUGCUUCCAAUGUUCUCAGAAGAAGUGUACAAGAGCUUACCAUGCUACGUGCGCUGCCGCCGCUGGUGUCUCGGUCCAACAAGGCGAAGUGCCCAGAUUUGGAGAAGAUGGGACGGAAUACAAAGAAUGGGGCAUCGAGUUCAGUUGCCGUUUCCAUCGCACUAAGCGCGAUAAGAAGUUUGAUGGAGACGCGCUGGAAAGCGAUGAACGUCUUCGUGAGGGUGGUGCGAAGCUGAAGAUCGGCGAAGUCUGUCAAGCUCAAUACUACAGAGGUGAUAUUUUUGCUGGUGCGGUUGUGGAGAACCGUCGAAGCGAAGAGACAGUUCUUCUCGAUAUUCUACCCCGAGGUGACCGCCUUGAAGUUGAAUAUAAGUGGCUUCUUAUCCCAGAUCCUGCCGAUUAUCAUCUUGAUAAACCAUCAGCAAACGCCAUUCCGAUGCCGAAGUCACGCAAGGACAAGCAAUCGCUCAACACGAGUAAGCGUCAAGCAGAUGAUAAUCCCAGACGAGACGAUCCGUUUGUUGAAGGCUGUACCUGGGCUGAGUUCAAAAUGGAGGAAAUUGCUCGAAACGUCGCCCAGCGCAAGGUUGACCUCGCAAAGGAGGGCGGACUCUGGCACUAUCUUGGCAGAAAUUCGACGGAAGCAAGGGCUCAGUUCACAGAGGAUCCUGCGAAACCUCGAAACAACCCCAAAGCCAACUUCUUGGACACACUUCCAAGAGCAGUGCCCCAAGCCCUGCCACGCCACUCCUACUCCGCUUCAUAUCCUACGAAAACUAGCCACCCCUCUCCGAAUGUCCCAAGAGCACCAAGCAGACCUCUCCCUCCAAGCUCCAUCAAAUCAGACAAGCCAUACGCAUACAAGCCUCGCGACAUUGGUGAUACAUAUCGUGUUGAUCAACAAGCAUACCGUUCUCAGCAAAGCUUCCUGCAGCAAUCUGCUCCUAGCGUUCCUUACAGCUUUGGCACUGAUCCUCGAUACCAAACAACUGACCCGAAUCGUCCAAGUCAGUAUUCUAGGCCUGCCUCUGGUAGCCCUCUAGCUCCACCGCCUGUUGGUCCACUUGCCCCGCCCACUCAAUAUCGACCUCCUUAUCCUGCUCCUAUACCACCUAGACCAAACAAUCCUUUCACCAACAGAGCACCACAAAAUUCGCGACCAUCCAAACCCAAUCCCUUUGCUAAUUAUACGUACUUGCAAAAGGAGCACAACAGAUCGCCUCUGGAGUACAAGAGUCCUUACAGACCUGGUGGAGGCUUCAUGAACGGCUAUCAAGGGAAUCUUGGACAGCACUUGCAACAAACACUCUUUCAGAAGCAAUCAGGAUCCACAGCCCAAAACUCGACCUUGUAUACUAGUCCUCGAGCGCCGUAUAUUGCAGGCCAGCCAUCUCCGACAGUCGGUUCUUACGCUCCGAGCAAUGCAGCGCCACACGCAAACUAUGGUGGCACAACGGCAUCAUCACAGAAGCAGCCUCCUGCCCCUGGAGGAAUGCCGACGGUGGCCCCAAAUAGUUGGGACAGGAGAGACAGUCCGCAACUUCACGCAGCCAUCCGACAGGAAUACACCCAAAGCCCGAUGUUCCAUCAACACUACCAACCCCAGCAUCAGCCCACACAAUAUCAGGGCUCUGCUGUCCUACAACCCCCACCAAUGUGGAAUAGACAAGCCUACCAACCUGGUCAGAUGCCUCAACCUAACCAAGGUCCGCCACAACAGAAUCAAGGAAACAAUCCGGCCUCAUAUUCUCAGGCUCAGCGUCAACAACAGCCGCAAGUGACGCAGGCACAGUCAUAUCAUACCUCUCCGGGGCCACAGACUGCCAACGGGUCAUGGCAAUCUAGACAGUUCUCACAAGCUGCUCCAUCACAUCAACCUCCGCAAUAUCAAUCAUCGAAUCCGGGCACACAGUCGUCUCCACUCAACAGCAUGUACGCACCUUCUCAGCCUCAAGGCCAAUAUCGACCUUCAAGCUCCUACCAAUCUGCACAGCCUUUAAGCUCCAUUGCACAGAAGGCCAUUCACUCACCAAUAAAUCAUGGUCAAUCUUCGCCAACUCUCCAAGACCAAGAGAACAAGGCAGUAUAUCCACACCAGCAAUACUUCCAAAAGCAAGCGCAGGUCCCACAGCCAUACGCUCGGGCUCCUCAGACAUACGAACCAGCAGACGUACCGGUAGAUUCCACGUCAAUUAUCGAGAAGAUCAUGCUAAAUCUAAAGGGUGCAAAACCAGCUAAUGCAUGA